AUGACGGAGCUGGCCUUGGAGGCUGUGCGUCAGGAGCUGCAGCACCAGCAUGAGGUUCUCCUUGUGCGGCUUGACGAGUGGAUUAGCAAUAUGGAGCGUCGCCUGCAAAAGCCACCUCCUUUGCAUCCACAUGUGAGCAUUCCAGAAGAUGACUCCGUUGAACAUGGAAGCCCUGAUGCACUGCUGUCAUUGGAUGAAGAGCCGAUUUUCCCACCGACAUUGAACGGUGGCAGCAAGAGCUUCAUCGUUGAAGAGGAUCGUGAUCCGUCCGCGGGCUUGGACAGCUAUACCCUGGCCAAGCAGCAAGGCUCCCGAAUUGACACCCUUUUCAAGAGCAAGACAGAGGAAGCGAGCUUGACUGCGCCUGCCCAAUCCAUGACCACAAGCCUCUGCCCCACUUUGCAGAAAUGGUGUUCACGUAUUGUGGGUUCUCUCUUCUGUGAGAUGUUUUUCGCUUUUGUCAUCUUGACGAACUCGAUUUAUUUGGGGGUUCAGAUGGAAGUUACAGCCUCACAGGGACAGGAUGCCGUGAACAAUGAGAUAACCUUUGCCGUCCUCAACAUUUUCUAUGCGGUGGUCUUUUUGCUGGAGGUCUGCCUAAGACUCGUGGCCUUCGGGCCCAGAGCCUAUUUCUUUGCCACCAGUUGGGCCUGGAACUGGCUAGAUGUUUUCGUGGUGACUUCUACAUGGGUAGAGCUGCUGGUGGGUUUGAUGGAGGUAGAGGGUUCAGAGGGUCUCUCAAACAGCAACUUGCGGCUCUUGAGGCUUGUGAAGGUGAGCCGCUUGGCGCGUGUCAUGCGCAUGCUCCGAGUGGUGCAGUACGUGAAGCCGUUGAGGACGUUGAUGCAUUGCUUGGUGGACACCACCAAGUCAUUUGUUUGGUCUUUCCUGCUACUGUUCCUGAUGAUGUACGUCUUCGGCCUUCUUUUCACAGAUGCUGUAUUGGAUUAUAUCUUUGAUCAGCAGAAACAAGCCCAUGGCCAAGCUCCUGAUCAUGAGCAGCUGUCGUACUUCUUCGGAUCUGUGGCUAGCUCGAUACAGACACUGUUCCGAUCUGUAUCGAACGGGCUUGACUGGAGUGAAGCUGCAGACGAGCUGGAACCUGUUGGCUUCAUAUGGGUCUGGAUCUUCAACUUCUACAUCUGCAUCAUUACGCUUGUACUUGUGAACGUGUUAACCGGUGUUUUUUGCAAUUCCGCCAUCAAAGCUGCUGAGCGAGAUCACGAAAUGGUGAUCCAGAAUCUUCAACAAAAUAAAAAAGAUUUCAAAGCAUUGGUCAAGAACCUCUUCAGGAGGAUUGACGAUGCGCACAACGGCUUGAUUACGAUCUCCGAGUUUGAGAAGCACUUCGAUGAUGAAGCGGUGAGGGCAUUCUUCGAAUCAUUAGAGAUGAAUGCAUCUGAUGCAUGGACCUUAUUUGCGAGUUUGGAUGCCGAUGGGGAUGGAGCAAUAAGCUUAGAAGAAUUUAUUGACCGGUGUGUGCAGCUGCAUGGUCCGGCGCGAGCAGUGGACCUUUAUGCUCUGAAGCAAGGUCAAGUGAAGCUGCGAAGUGAGAUACAGAAGGUUUUCGAUCUCCAGAAGUUGAUGCAGAGCUCGAAAUCAGCACAGGCUUCGGCGACCGUCCGGAGUCGUGCCGCAGCUGGAGAUUUGCAAUAUUUGAUCGCGAAAACGAAGUCGGCGAAGUCGGAAGACAGUGAUCCGCAUCUUACGGUGUAG